ACCAUGAGCAAUUUGUGGGUACAGUUGCAUCUCGUGAAACGUCACAGGGAUCUACUUCGCGAUCAUUUGAAAGUAAGACGUGAAAGAAGGCGCAAUUGGUCUGGGCAGGAUUUUCUGCAACCGAAAGAUGGCGCUGCUGGAGUUGGAGCAAUUUUGGAGGAACUAGCUGCUCUGUCAGAACGAGUAUCUGGCGGUCAGAACGAUGAAGAGGUCUCCUUUGGUGGAGAUGUUGAGAAGUCUGUGUGGGAGAAGGUGGUGGAGUUGAAUUUGACAGUAGGGGCCCCAUUUACUUCAAGUCAGGUUGUAGAGGCUGUAAUGUCUAUUCCUGGACUGGAACGAGUCAGUUCUGUGGUUGUGUGUGGUGUCUUGCGAAAGCUUUGCGCUCAAGAAUUGGUUAUUUUGGAUAAGACGGUCGGUGAUGAUCUAAAGUUGCUUUCUGUGGAUGAAAAGAGAAUUACUGCAAUCAUGGACUGCAGCACUCCAAGAAGUAAACUGGAGGAGAUGAUCAAAGAAUCUGGUUGUAUUGUAAAAAGCAAGAAAAUUCAAGCACAGGGUAAAAGUAAGAAGCAACAGCUAAAGCUGGGAAGAAUGAGGGAUGGGCAACUUGUGAACCUAGAUGCAUACAUAGAUGUUUUACUGUCUGUUCCAUCUGCUAGAGAAUCAGAAAAUCAAAAAUACGGUGUAGAAAUUAUUGAGUUACUGAACACGCCAUCUGUGAAAGAGCAACGUAUGCUAGAGAAGUUUCGGUCGGAGGGAGGAACGAAGGUGAGAGAGUUCUGCACUUUUGGGACAAAAGAGGAGUGUGCCAGACAGCAGGGAACAAGAAGGGCCUGCAACAAAGUCCAUUUUAGGAAAAUUAUUGGUCUUCACACUGAUGUGUCACUGGGCGAUUGCUCUUUUCUCAACACUUGUUUUCACAUGGAGACUUGUAAAUAUAUCCACUACAAAAUUGACACUGACGAUCUAAAGGAAACUAAAAAACUUACUAAAGCCACUGGUGUUGCUAAAUUGAAUACAAGUUCAGAAGGUGUAAUGAAGAUGAUGCCUGCUCAGUGGGUACAGUGUGAUAUACGGACAUUAGAUUACAGCGUGUUGGGGAAAUUUUCUGUUGUUAUGGCUGACCCACCAUGGGAUAUUCACAUGGAGCUGCCUUAUGGCACUAUGUCGGAUGAUGAAAUGAGGAAAAUGGCAAUUCCCUCAUUGCAAGAUAAUGGUUAUAUAUUUCUUUGGGUCACUGGUAGAGCUAUGGAGCUGGGUAGAGAGCUUCUUGAAAUAUGGGGCUAUCGUAUGGUUGAUGAGCUAAUUUGGGUCAAAACUAACCAGCUACAGAGGCUUAUUAGAACGGGAAGAACUGGUCACUGGCUGAACCAUGCUAAGGAACACUGUCUGAUUGGGCAAAAAGGUGAUGUUUCGAACUUUAAUGUUGGACUGGAUUGUGAUGUGCUAGUUGCAGAAGUGAGAGACACAAGUCAUAAACCAGAUGAGAUUUAUGGCGUUAUCGAGAGGCUUGCACCAGGCCAUAGGAAGAUCGAACUGUUUGGUCGUCAUCAUAAUGUCCAACCCAACUGGGUUACCCUUGGAAAUCAGCUCCAAGGAGUUCACUUACUUGAUCCUGAUAUGGUUGUUAGGUAUAGAGAGAGGUAUCCUGAUGGAAACUGCGUGAAGACUUAGUAGAUUAUAUAGCAACCGUUACUUGUCUUUGCUUAGACUGAAUUGUAUGUCUAUGCUUGUUUUGAAUCAUACUGAAUUACUUUCUAUAUGCUGCAGUUCUUUUUAGCACUUGUAGUUUAUAUAUCCAAGAUACAAGAGGAAGAUGAAUAUCUGCUCUGAAAAA